UUUUUGCAAACAUAAGCUGAAACAAUGGCUAUGACUCAGUUCCUCACUAACGCUGCCUGAAUUGAUUUAGUCUGAGUUCAGAUUUACCACAUAAUCAUGUUAAAUUUGCUCCACUGCACUGCCUAGAGAUAAAAGGCUUGGAGAAAAAAAAAACAGCUUCAGCUCGUGUCAGUCUUUGUGGUGAUGUCAUUGCCGUGAGCAAGCUGGGCCGUUCGUUACUCUGCUGUGCUGCCUCAGACGCUGAGGACUGCGUGCAGCGGGAGCGGACUCCAGGUGCCCGAGCUUCCAGCCUAUCCCCAGAGCAGGGCAGCACCGGGCCUGGCCACAGCAGCAUCCAUCCGGAGGCUCUUGCCUGCGAUCACAACUCUAAGGCUACCUAGCACUUUUCUGACAAUUCAGCAGGGGGAAUGCCAGCCCCUAGCAUGGACUGUGAUGUUUCUACUCUGGUUGCCUGUGUGGUGGAUGUCGAGGUCUUUAACAAUCAGGAGGUUAAGGAAAAGUUUGAGGGGCUGUUCCGGACUUACGAUGACUGUGUGACGUUCCAGCUAUUUAAGAGUUUCCGACGUGUUCGGAUAAACUUCAGCAAUCCUAAAUCUGCUGCCCGAGCCAGGAUAGAGCUCCACGAAACCCAGUUCCGAGGGAAGAAAUUAAAACUUUACUUUGCACAGGUUCAGACGCCCGAGACAGAUGGAGACAAACUGCAUUUGGCUCCCCCUCAGCCAGCCAAACAGUUUCUCAUCUCACCCCCUUCGUCUCCUCCCGUCGGCUGGCAACCCAUCAGUGACGCCACGCCUGUCCUCAACUAUGACCUCCUCUAUGCCGUGGCCAAGCUAGGACCAGGAGAGAAGUAUGAGCUCCACGCAGGGACUGAGUCCACCCCAAGUGUUGUUGUGCAUGUGUGCGACAGCGACAUAGAAGAAGAAGAUGAUCCAAAGACUUCCCCCAAGCCAAAAAUCAUCCAAACCCGGCGUCCUGGCCUGCCACCCUCUAUGUCCAACUGAGCGUGAUGCUCCACCUUGAUGAGAAUAUUCGUCUCCUCCCUUAUCAUGCUUUUUUUUCCCAUUUGUUGAAAAAAUUAAUUGCCUUUAAAUCCCUGGGUGUUUGGUUGUUUGAGAUUCCUUCCUCGUAAUCAAGCCUCUUGGACAAAAGGGCUAGGAAAAGGUGAGAUGUCUCCUGAUCGUAUCAUACCCAUCAACUAUAAUACAUUAUUUAGAAGGUUCUAGAAAGAAAAGUAGUAUUUUCUUAUUAAACAAUCAGCACAGCCUGUAUCUUCUUUCUCUCAUGUUGAUCCAAGCCAGAGACGUCAGUAACAAAUAGCACCUGUGUUGUUUGUAAGCCGUUUCAGUCCCAGUCCUGGUGUGUGUGCGUUGUUUUUUUUCCUGACCACGUAAAUAGGACCACAGGUAAACUUGACCUUGACUGCAUGAGAUAUUCCUAUCUGGUCUCACUCAGUCCUCUGCAUCCCGACAUUCCCAGGACAUUGCAUGAUCACCAGCAUUUAUUUUCAUGAUUUGAGGAGAUAUUCCAACUCACACAUUGUCAGCAUCCAGCCAUGUCCUAUUUGAUUAGGAAGAAUAGCAGCAGCAUCCAGCGUGACACACCUGGGUAGAGUCACUAUUUUAAGUCCAUACUUCAUAGCUCUGUUAAAAUUCCUGGAGGCAAAACUGAGCGUGGCCCCAAAGAUAUUCCUCAAUAGAUUCUGACCACCAUGACCAUGAAGAACUUCCCAGUGUCAUUGGGGAGGCUUGUCCAGGGUGAUAGAGACAGAUUUCAGACAAACCUAUUUAUUGUAAAAGUCUCAUGGUGUCUGAAUGUUUGGUUUUUUUUUUUUUUCUCUUUGUAUAUUUGUACAAAUGUUUCAGCUGUGCUUUUAAAAUCUGGAUGUUUUUUAUUUAGUGAUUGUUCAACCAUUAGCUGCUUAAAAAACAAUAUGUGCAUUGCUUAUGAAAGCACUCAUAUGCUAAUAUUGAUGACCUAACAAUAUUACACACUAUUAGGGACAAUGCUGAAUUUUGAAAGGGCACAAAAAUGUCUCAUGCCAACAUAUAAAUGAUCAGCCAACAUCUUUGCUAUCGAGACCACUUGUUUUUAAAUAAAGAUGCAAGUGUUAGUUGUAGAUGAUUUGGAUGAAGCUAAACCUCCAGAAUGUAGAGCAGCUGAGUGUAUUAAAAUAGGAAAGGAUGACAGAUAAGUGUACGCCAGUUCUACUCAUGCAAUACCCUUGUAAUCAAAACAGUUAUUUGUUUUCAUUACAUGUGACUUUUGUAUUUCUCUAGCCCAAAGUGCAUUACAGAAGAUACACCUAUAGAACCAUUACCUUCUGCUUUGUGCGCCAGGCCUCAUCCACUCCUGUUUGUUAAUGAAUCACUUUAGAUGCAAAUGCAAGUUACAAUCGAGUGGGGAAGUACUUUCAUUACCUAAGCCUCAGAAAACACCCAAAAUUAAUAACACAGCCAACUGAUUGAAGGAUUACUGUGGUUUUUGAUUAAGGUGUAUGUCAAUUUCUUCAGAAACUUCAUAGACUGAUCACUCAGAAAUUAAAGUCCGUUCUACUGUGAAUAUAGCAAUAUAGUACUGGACAGUUGAAACUGAGGACAGCAUUGCUUGUGAAAUCCUGAGUUUCCACAGGAAAACCGAAGACUCCUUUAAAAAUAAAAUCUGAGGAGCGUAAAGUAAGCAAAUGCUUUGACUUUCCUUGCUGUGGAGGUUUUUGGCUUUUCAUUUACAAAUGAAAAGGCUUAACAGUGGAUAAAUGAUGCCCUCUAGUGGACAAAACAUUACACUCAGCUAUUCAGUUGGACAGAGAACUAAUGACAGCCAUCAAUCAUUUGGGGCUGAAUCUCUUUUUAGCCAUCUGUAGGUCAUUGACUUCUAAGCCACAGUGAAUUUUCAGAAUGUGAGUUCUGAAGAAAUUUAGAUGAGAGGCGAUAUUUGGAAAUAAUUUCUAAGUGUUCCAAACAGUCAUACCAGACAUUUCCAACAAUUUAGUGAAAGCUGACAUGACCAUUCUUUGUAGUUAUAAAAACUCAGUGGCUUAUAUGACCUAGGUAGUUAGUCUUAGUAAACUGUAUUACCACUUACCAAUGCUAACCAGUUACAGAUCAAGUUGAUCUUUCACUAGAUUGGGCUUUGGGGAGGAAGACAAGGGGAGCUUUUCCCAGGAGAGUUGUAAGAAAUGGGGAGGGCUCCUUGCACUGUUUCUGUGGAACCUCCUGGCACUGUGAAAGUCACAAUCACCUCAGCAUUUCCAUGAUACACCUUAUGCAAACCUCUUUAGCACUAUUUUAAGUUUGAAAAAUUUUUAAAUGGAGGGAAAGGGGAAGAUUUCCACCAACUGAAUCAUUUGUGCACGUGUAUAGCUCAAAGAGCUUAGACUUCAAAUAUAUCUGGUGAAUGACUCUUUG